UGUCAAUCUUGUCGAAUUGAUAUAAGUUGGAGUAAAUUGGAGUCGAGGAUUUGCUUGUUGAGCUUCUUCAAGCUUCUUUGAAAAUGGAUACGUUGAAUAUGUGGAUAUUUUUUGUUGGGACAGCCAUUAUACUAAUUGGCUUAAGUAUCAUUCAUUCACGAGCUAGGAAGAAUUUAAAACCCAACGAACAACCUAUGGCAGAAAAUAGACAAGUAGUCCUUAUGAGGAAUGUCAGACAUCGUAUGCAGGGAAAUGCUAAUCACGCGAAUCAUCUACGUGAAGCAAAUGAUGACAGACAGAUCAAUCAAAAUUACGAGGAGGAUAAAGAUGACAAAAUAGAUCAUAAGAUAGGAACGAAAAAACGGAUAAAACUAGCGGCUAAGGCAGAAAAAAAGGUCCAGAGAGAAGCGGCUGAACGAGAGAGAGAGGAACGUAAAAAACGGGAGCAACUUUUACAAGAGGAAAGAGAUAAACAAGCUGAGAAAGAAUAUGUUGAACAAUUACGAGUGGAAGAAACAGAAAAGAAAGCUAGAGAGGAAAAGGAAAAGCAAGAAUAUGAAGAAUACUUGAAGAUGAAGGAAGCCUUUAGUGUGGAGGAGGAAGGUUAUGAACAAGAAAAUAAUGAAUGCGAGAAUUUGUUACAAGAAUUUCUUGCAUACAUUAAGCUGAACAAAGUGCUGAUUUUAGAAGAUCUAGCUGCACAUUUUGGACUGAAAACAGCGAGCGUAGUAGAAAGAAUUCAAGAAUUGCAAGCUAAUGGUAAUUUAACUGGCGUAAUUGAUGAUAGAGGAAAGUUUAUUUAUAUAUCGGAAGAUGAACUUCAAGCUGUUGCUAAAUUUGUGCGUCAACGUGGUCGAGUUAGUAUCGCUGAAUUAGCUGAAAAUUCGAAUAAUCUAAUUAAUUUGACUCCUGCAAAAAGCUGUAGCGUUUUUGUUAGAUAAAUGUACCAAGUUCUUAUUGUACAUCUCUUAUACUGAUUGCAAUAUUACUAAACAAAUAUGACUAUUGUAUAUAUAAUGUUCACAAAUAUAUCUUUAUUUAUAAUAUCAAUUGUCCCAGCAAACCAUGAGUAUAAUUGUUACAUAACAGAUGUAAAUAAUACAUAUUUACAUCUACAUUAAUUA